CAAGCCAGCGCAAAACAGGGAGAAUGAGCGCUUGACAGCCGCCGCUCUGCUGGUGCAGAUUGUAAACUACAAAAUAAUAAUAGCAACAACACAUAUGCGUGAUUUACUCCCGGGAGAUUUCGGAUAGUUAGACCGGUUGCCUUUUUUUUGCUUUUAAUGGCCGCUGCCGUGAGGAAUAAUGUUUGGGUCGCUCCGGGGCAGGACGCGCAGUUUCUCCACAGGAGCGCCACCGCCGCGCCACCGACUGACGGUGCGAGGGGUGAGGAUCAUGGACAAGUGCCGUGCAACACGAGGGAUGCCAUCCCGGGAACUUCGUGCUUCCAUGAUUACAACGUGGCUAAGUCAGAGAUGGACAGCUACCUGUCUCCGCAUCCGCACGACAUAGUCACCUCCAAAAUGUUGUGUAGGGACGGCUCUCUGAUGCUGGAGCAGCCUUUCCCAGAGGACUUUGCGUCGCCUUACAGUGUCAACAUGAGCCUGCUCCUCCCUGACGUCACGUACCUGCACCCUGGUCUCUGCAGGACCGUGAGGCAGAUCAAAACAGAGCCGUCCCACUCCCUGAUGCACCCCCCCUGCCAGGGCCACGGGGUGCCGCCACCGGCUCUCCCGGGUGCUCUCAGCGCAGCCGACACGGCAAGCGGUAACUUUUUCAUCAAACAGGAAGUGCCCGAUUUCCAGGAUGUUCCCCUGUUUCAGCUCUUGAACUCUGACCUGGAACAGCUCAUUCAUGGGUCUCAGCUGAACUCCAUCCCCAUGGCACCGCUGAGUCUUCCAAAUGGGAACGUUCAUGUAGGCCCAGUGCCGCAUUCUGCAAAGCCCACAGGGAAUCCCCAGAGAGAGUGUUUCCAAUUCAAUCGGCAUUCAGGCCAUCAGCAGACACCGACCUAUUUGCCCCCUUCUCCGCCAAACUCUGAGCCCCCAAGUCCGGACAGGGGGAAGGAGCUCCUCCACAAUCUGUCCCCACCUCCCUCCUAUGAAGCCAGCAUCGCCUCUAAGUUAACAUUUCAGACCCACAAUCCCGUCGAUCCAAGACAGACUUCCAGUGUCGCUCCAAUCCAAGGUCCACACCAAAAUACCAGUGUCCGAUCAGUCCAAAGUCCAGGUGUUGGUCCACUCCAGCGUUCCAGCCUGACACCAGUUCACAGGGCACCAGGUCUGGGCCCUCUGUCCCCGGUGUUGGGGACAGAGUCAGCUUCACUUAGAUUCAACCGAAGGAAUAAUCCUGAUCUGGAGAGACGGCGGAUUCACCACUGUGACGUCCCAGGAUGUAAGAAGGUGUACACCAAGUCCUCUCAUCUAAAGGCCCAUCUACGGACCCACACAGGAGAGAAGCCUUACCAGUGCUCCUGGGAGGGAUGUGAGUGGCGCUUCGCUCGUUCCGAUGAGCUGACUCGCCAUUUCAGGAAACACACCGGUGCAAAGCCUUUCCAGUGUGGAGUGUGCAACCGCUGCUUCUCCCGCUCCGACCACCUGGCACUACACAUGAAAAGACACCAGCGCUAGAAACACCCUCCUGCAAAUCCAGUCAAUCGGGACAAACAUGGACAAAGAACUGACACAUUUUAAACAGUGGAUUAUUCCACUCACCUCCCAGUGGAGAUAUUCUUAGCAGUGCUGGCCCACACCUAAUUGUUUCUUUUAUUGUAAAGAGAAUUUAAUAUUAUCGUUGCCUUAUUUUAUUUCCAUGUAUGCAUCCCAAUAUUGGGGGAUAUGUCAGUUAAAACCUUAUAGCAAUGAAAUAGCAAUUAAUCUUCCUAAGCAUUGAUUUUCAUUCGAUUUUGGUUUCACUUCAAUGUAACUUUACAGCCAAGGAAGUUCAAUCCUUCAUUUUCAGGGUUUACGGGGUCUAGAUCAUAUCUAUAAUGUAUUAUAUGGGCAUUUAUUUAAAUAACUUAAACUAGCAAACUGCCACACUGUAAGUAUUGAGGUCGAUCAAGUAUUGUUAUGAACUGGAAGGUCAAAGACUGGGUUUGUUUAGUCCAGGAAGGUAGAAAAGUUUGUGUUUCAUAUAAAAAGUUGUAACAAAGCAGGUUGUAGAUUUCAGAAAGGACACAGCAGGAAGUUGAGAGAGUGAAUUUGGGAUGAGUCGUGGUGAAGGACGUGCCGAGUGCAGUGCAUGGAGCGCCAUCACUGCCCGUUAUUGGACACGUUGUCACAGAGAAUAAAUUAACUCCAAGCUAAACAGAUAAAGACAAGAAUGACACUCAGUAGAGCGUGCCCCCCCCCCCCCCCGCCAAGGCCCCACCGUCCUCCGUAAGUUCUGCACCAGAGCCGUCGUGUUCGUGUGGUCAUAGUUGGAAAACUAUUGAAGAUACAUAUAAACUGUUAAUUCCCUACUGAAUCCACAGUAAGUAAUCUACACAUUAAUGGUAGUGACCCACUCGUCACCAUAUUUGCACCAAAUUUUCUUAGUGAUCCUUGAAUUGUUCACUGCAACAUUGGUAAAAAUGUCAAAAUUCCCGGAUGAGCCUCUUUGUCUAGAUCCGCUCCAAAUUCUACAGAGUUCUUUCUCAGGCCAAGUGGCUAUUCAGUCAAUUUUGUGUAAUCGAACCAAUAAACAUAUAAAGAAAUGGACAGGGGUGAAAACAUAACCUCCAUGCUGGACGUAAUGAACGGUUUAUCUGAAAUGAAAGAAAGAUGAUGGUUGUGAGAUGUCACAUUCUGUUGGACGGCUUUGUAAAGGUUCGAUAUCUACACUGAAAAAAGAAAAAGCAUUAAAAAAUUCACACGAAUGAAAUAAGUUUUUACAAAUUCAAAAUAGCAAUUGUGUUGAUAUAUCCUGUUGAACAAACUUAAUUCAUUUGUGCCUUAUCAACUGAAGUAACCCUUGGAGUUGGUGCAACAAUGUUUUCUUGUUUCAGUGUGUGCCCUGGUGACAUAAUAUACACUUGGUUAAAUGUUAAAUUAAAAAUGUCAGGACUUUAAUGAUCAGAGAUAUUAUUUGAUUAUACUGAAAAGGUUUAAUUUAUUUUAAACUGCUUGUUUUCCCCCACGUUACUCAAGAGCCGCGCAGCAAUAUGUCCUCUUAGCGUCGGAGGAGGGCUCGGAGAACUGCUCACACAUAGUUUACAAGGGUUUGGAGUACAUGACAUUUAAGCAGCAGGUCAGAGUUAUUUUUUCUCCGCUGGAAGUCGUCGUGACAAGUGGUCGUCCGCUCAUCUUCAUUUUGUUGUGGUUGCAAAUCGUGCGUCCCAACAAACGAUAUUUUGUUCUGCUUGUAACAGGAUUACAACAUCCUAUCACUGAUGAUUUGUCUUCCCGAGUGGUUUCAAAGUGGUGUCUUUGAGUUGGAGCUUUCGUAUUUUUUUCAGACUGAGCACCUGCCAGUCUGAACAUCUGUGAAAGCUUUGGAUCUCUUUGACGACUGUCCAUGUUUUCAAACACCUUUUGAAAGUGCCUUUAACUGCUUCUUUCCCUUCUUCUCGUUUUUGGAUGAAUGAUAAACAGAGCGGCCCCGUGGGGACAAGUCUAUAAGUUGGCUGCCCCUCUGUAUCUCCAAGAGACAUCAAUUCCUACUUAUGACCAAAUUUAUUCAUAAUUUGAGUCGGAUUGAACAAAAUUUAGACGUUUCUUUAGUUUGUAUAUUUUGUCUGACGAUCCAAUGAUUGUUUUAUAAAGAUUUGAAACUUUUUUUUUUAAUUUGUUUUUUUUCAUAUUAUUGCUUGGCAAAGUCUAAGAAGGAUCCAAUUACAGGAUAUUGUCAAAGUCUACUCUGUCAUGAGUUUCUCCAGCCAAGGUAGCAGCUCAGUGGAGUAUCUGCCAGUAAAUUAUUGCAAUACUUUUAGAUAUAUAUACACACAUACAAGUAUUUUGACAUUGUUGACACAUGAAAGUUUUAUGAGACUUUGUGUCAUAUAAAAUGAAAAUGGAUACGAAAUUGGUCAAAUGUGCUUUGAAGCCACGUGACUCUCAUAAUGCAAAUAAAAGUUUUGUGAUGAA